UUUUCACCAGCAGUCUCGGUUGAGACAGUGAGACAGGAAACACCGGCUUUCGGAUUUCCGACAACUGAAAAGUGGAAAAAAAUAGUCGGUUUACUGUUUUCUCAGGAAACAAACAUAAAUUUUUUUUCUUCCAAGUAGUUAGUAACCAUACUGAUUUUUUUUUUUUGAAAUUUCACUACGAGAAAAAGCUUCUAAAUCACUGUUUGAGCUCUGCAAAUGUGAAAAGGUCUUAGACAGGCAGUUCUAUUAAAGUUAGAGAAGAGCUUUUUGGAGUGUCAGAAUCACUGUUACAGGUCUGUGCUUUAGAUGCUGGUAGGUGUAUCUAGUUCUGUCAAAAGUUGGACAGUUUGUUGUAUUUAGCCUAUGCAUGGAAGCAAGAGAAGGAAUGUCAGGAGUUACAGUGAUAAGGGCAGAAGCUCCAUCAGCCUAUCAUGUGGCUCCAAGAACUGAAAAUCCGAGCCAAAUUGAUGGGUCCCCAACAGUAGCAGCUUCCUCAGUUAGUGUAGCAUUGACCGGACCCACUGAAAAGAAGAAGAGAGGUAGACCACGGAAAUAUGGGCCAGAUGGGACUGUUGCUAUGGCAUUGUCACCAAUGCCUAUUUCAUCUUCGGCUCCACCUUCUGGUCACUCCUUCCCUGGGAAGCGAGGGAGAGGGAAGCACAGUGGUUAUGAAAGUAGGCUGUUCAAGAGAAUGGGGAAGGACAAUUUUGGUGAGUUAUCUGCUUGUUCUGUUGGUGCAAAUUUUACGCCCCAUGUCAUCACUGUCAAUGCUGGCGAGGAUGUUACAAUGAAGGUUAUAUCAUUUUCUCAACAAGGGCCUCGAGCAAUUUGUAUCCUAUCUGCAAAUGGAGUAAUUUCAAAUGUUACACUUCGUCAACCUGAUUCUUCUGGGGGCACACUGACAUAUGAGGGUCGCUUUGAAAUUCUUUCCUUGUCUGGAUCAUUUAUUCCUACGGAGUGUCAAGGGACAAGAAGCAGAUCAGGUGGCAUGAGUGUCUCUUUGGUGAGCCCAGAUGGUCGUGUUGUAGGAGGAGGAGUUGCUGGACUUCUAGUAGCAGCUAGCCCUGUGCAGGUUGUGGUGGGCAGUUUUCUACCGGGCAACCAUCAAGAGCAGAAACUCAAGAAACAGAAGGCAGACUCCGUGCUGGCUACAGGUACACCACCCCCUAGUAUUGCUACUAUCUCACCUACUUCAAAUGCAGACAAUGAUAGCAUGGAUAGAAAUGGACUGCAAAGUUCUAGCACGAUGAAACGAAACCUUGCUCUGUCACAUCCCUUCGGAAGAGAAAACUGGAGCACCAUGCAGGAACCUAGAAAUUCCACGACAGACAUCAACAUAUCUCUACCCGCCAGUUAACAUGACAAUCGCCAAAUCAGGAUCUCAAGGUCUGACUGACUCUAUUGAUCCCUGAUUUGAUAUUAUAAUAUCACUAGAAAAGUUGAGGAUUGGUUCUGAUCUGAAUUUAAUUUUAGGAUGUGGGGUUACAGGAUUUCCAGUUAGGUUAAAUGCUUUUAUUUCCAGCCAAGAGUGCUAUUAUUUUUUAGCCCUCUUUGUAAUCUUAGGUUCGAUCAGGCUUUUACAUCUGAUUUCUAGGCUAAUUCAGUGGAGGCUGUUAUCCUAGUUUGUUGUUUUAUUACUGACAAAUUUAUUGGCGACCAACUUAAUUUGCUUAACUCUAA